GAAUCUAAACGUCUAAAAUAUUAUACAUGACUCUGAAAAGGUCAUUAGACUCAGUUGUUAAUAAAUUUUUACUUAAAAUGUAAGCACUAAGUGAUAUUAAGCGUACACAAACGAACUGUACUAAGUAAAUGUCUUAGUAGUUAUUAAAGCAGGUAUAAUUUUACUAUUUCACUUCUCACUAAAGUAAAUAUUAAUGGUAUUAGUAGUACAUUUACAAGUUACAUUAUCAGUCUCGGUCUCUGGUCCAACCCAGUAAUGCACAUGUCAAAAUUGGAUGCAACAGGUGCCUGGCUUUUAGGGUUGCCAGUUACAGCAGUCCAAUAAAUUCAGUCAUAACUGGCACAUUGAAUUAGACAAGAUAGUUAUAGAACAACAUUAUACUGAUGAAGUGAUGGAUGCUACAGAAAAACUAUUUUUUGCCUGCCAGAAUGGAAAUACUGAUGAUGUCAAAACACACAUGAAGGAAGUGUGUGUGAACAUUCAAGAUGCAGAAGGUGUUACACCUCUGCAAGUUGCAGCAGCCAAUGGUCAUGAAGAAGUUGUUUACUUACUUCUUUCAAGUAAGGCAGAGAUUGAUCUAGCCAAUAGCUCUGGUUGGACACCUUUGAUGCUUUCAGCAAGAUAUGGACAUACAGCUGUCGUCAGUCUUUUAAUCAACAAUGGAGCAAGAGUUAAUGUUUGCAACAAAUUAGGUGUGCAACCUUUGACAGCUGCUGCAAGAAGUGGUCAUCUGCCAACUGUUCGUCUUCUUUUGGAAGCUGGAGCUGAUCCAGUUAUUCGUCAUUCUGCACCAUUAGAUGGCAGUAGCUACAUGUAUGGCAGUGGAGAUCUGACUCCUUUAAUGACAGCAGCUCUUCAAGGACAUGACCCCAUUGUGAAAUUGCUUAUUGAGUGGAAAGUUGAUGUUAACCAAGCAAUUCCUGUCACAGGUUUGACUCCUUUGAUGAUGGCUGCAUGGAGUGGGCACAAGCAAACAUCUCAGAUCCUUCUAGAGUGUGGAGCUGACCCAAAUAUGACCAAUCUUGGGGACAAGACAGCUUUGGAUAUAGCUACCUUGAGAGGAAAGAGAGAAGUCAAAGCCUACUUAGAUGAUAAAACAGUAGCAAGAACUACAGAAUAUGUUGAGAAAAGUGAAGCAGACAUUAUUGAAGCUGUUAAGAAAGGUAAUUCAAAAUGGUUGGAACAGUUGUUGAAAGAAGAACCAGAUCUUAGCAAUUGGUGCCAGGAUGAUGAUGGUGCAACACCAUUAAUGUAUGCUGCAAUGUUGGGGCACCUGGAUAUUGUCAAACUAUUGAUCAACCAUGGAGCAGACCUCAACAAACAAGAAACAAAGAGAGGGUGGACAGCACUCAUGCAGGCAGUAGUUUAUGAGUAUGUGAUUUUUCUGUACAAUUACACUUUUUUAUAA